AGGCGAAACUCGCGCUCCACAGACUCAAUAGCCCACAGAGACUCCACGUGGUGUAUCGUGGAAGUAUCGCGAGUUCGUGUACACCACGGAACAACACAUUCUCCUCUUCUUUCUUCUUUCUUCUUUCUUCUUCCUUCUUCCUUCUUCCUCUUCCUCCUGACCGUUACACGAGAAGUCACUUCGAACGAUUUUCAAACGCGUUUUCCUUUUCGAAACCCAGCUGCUCGAUCCCAGUUUCCCAGUUUUACGUCCGAUAAAACCGUCGCGAUAGUCGGAGAUAUAAACGGGGUGAUAAGUCGUCCACCAUUGUCUUCUCGUUUCGAAAGGCGAAAGAUCCUUUGUCUUUGGACAAAGUGGGAGAGGGAGGGGGGAAGGAUUGUUUCUCCCCGCGAUCGAUACACCAUUGGGCGAGAUGGUGGCCGAGUACCGAUGAGAGUGACCGAUUCGAAGAUUGUCGAGCUCGUCCUUGUUGGGGAAAAGCGAGGGUGGUAGGAACGAGGGAGAAGGUGUUGUGGUGUGCGUUGCACGGCAAACGUGUGAGAUUGUAUCGAGAGGAGGAUGGGCAAGGGUUGGAAAGGCGCGAAAGAUUUCGUCGGCCUCGAAGAGGUGACGAAGGUCGAGUUUUUGGUGAUGCUGUUGGCCGAAACCCUGGGAACCUUUCUUCUCGUGCUGAUCGGUUGUGCAUCCUGCAUCACGUGGACGGCCAACGAUCCUCCAACGGUGGUUCACAUAGCGUUCACAUUUGGCCUCGCGGUCGCCAGCCUGGCUCACGUGUUGGGUCCGGUCUCGGGAUGUCACGUGAAUCCAGCUGUAUCGGUGGGCCUUUUGGUGAGCGGAAACUGCAGCUUUCUAAAGGCGGUGUGCUACAUUGUUUGCCAGUGUUGUGGUGCAAUCGCCGGUUCGGGAGUUUUGAAGUUAUUGAUCCCUAAAGAAACGAUCGGUCAGGGUUUAGGCGCCACGGGGCUGGGUGAAAAAGUGAGCGAGAGCCAAGGCAUCUUCAUGGAAGCGAUAAUCACGUUCCUCCUCCUUCUGGUUGUCCACGCGGUCACGGACCCGAAGAGGACCGACACGAAGGGUUGGGCACCGUUGGCCAUCGGCUUGACCAUCACCGUUUCNNNCAUGGCGGCUGUACCCGUGACGGGAAGCAGCAUGAAUCCCGCAAGAACGUUGGGUCCAGCUGUCAUACUUGGCGAGUGGAAGAAUCUUUGGGUCUAUUGGAUCGGACCGAUAAUCGGCGCUUGCGCAGCCGGUGGACUGUACAAAAUGGCGUUCAGGCGUAAAAAGGAGGACGACGAAGCUUCCUAUGAUUUUUAAAUUUUCUGAUGAAUAAUAAUUAAUGCGAAUAUCGUUUUUUG